AAGGUUAUUGCCACCUCUAUAAGUCCUCCAACUCAAGGCAACAAUCUUGUGACCACAAUGGCCAUUCUUCUGCUCCCCUUCAUCUUCCUUCUCUCCACUUCCUAUGCCACAGACAUUUCCAUUUACCACAACCAAAAAGAAUGCCAAUCCUCAUCAUGCAAUCCUUUUGAAGCACUACUGAAACUAGCUGGAAAUGACCCAGCUAGAGUUACCUACCUCUCCUCACUCGUUGCCAAAUCCUCCGUCCCCAUCGCCUCCGGCCAGCAACAAACCCAAACGGCCAACUACAUUCUCCGGGCAAAACUUGGCACCCCCGGCCAAGUCAUGCUCAUGGCUCUUGACACCAGCAGCGACAUUGCAUGGGUCCCCUGCUCCGGCUGCUACGGCUGCCCCUCUACUACCCUCUUCUCCCCCUCCUCCUCCUCUACUUACGCCACUCUCUCUUGCUCCUCUCCACCUUGCACUUUCAACCAGUCCUACGGCACCGGUUCCUUCUCCGCCAUAUACUCUCAAGACUCUCUGAGAUUGGCACUCGACAUCAUUCCAAACUAUACCUUCGGCUGCGUCAACGUAGUCACGGGGGCUGAGACACUUCCAAAACAAGGUUUGCUCGGCUUGGGACGAGGUCCAAUGUCACUGCUCUCCCAAACCGGUUCCAUGUACCAAGGUGUGUUCUCUUACUGCCUUCCAAGCUUCAAAUCUUACUACUUCUCUGGCUCGCUCAAGCUCGGCCCAGUCGGUCAGCCUCGCAGCAUCCGCACUACCCCACUGCUCCACAACCCACACCGCCCUUCACUCUACUACGUCAACCUCACCGGCGUAAGCGUUGGCAAAAUUCCAGUGGUUGUGCCAGAAGGUUCACUCUCAUUUGACCCAGUCACUGGCGCCGGCACCAUCGUCGACUCUGGUACAGUGAUAACGAGAUUUGUGAAACCAGUGUACGAAGCACUCCGAGAUGAGUUCAGGCGACAAGUUGGAGCUGAAAACUACUCGUCUCUUGGUGCUUUUGAUACUUGUUUCAAUGAUGCUGGGGGCCCGUAUGUGCCGGUGGUGACGCUUCACUUUGAGGGUUUGAAUUUGGCGUUGCCGGCAGAGAACACCCUGAUUCAUAGCAGUGCAAUGCCGUUGGCGUGCUUGGCAAUGGCAGCCGCGCCGGACAAUAUUAAUUCCGUUGUGAAUGUGAUUGCGAACUUGCAGCAACAGAACCUGAGGGUGCUCUUUGAUGUUGCGGGCUCCCGUGUUGGAUUUGCCCGGGAGCUGUGUAAUUGAGAUAAAUGUUUAUUUCUUUUGUCUUAUCUCUCUUGUUUUUCCUUGUAUUAACUCUGUGUGGCAAUAAUGUCGAACGAUUCACGGGUUGGUGUGGAAGCCUGCAGGUGUGGACCUAGAGAAAUUAUUUGUUUGUAUUACUUGUAUCCCAGGCCGUUGUUUGUCUGAAUUAAUAGAUCAGUAUGUUUUCUUUGUA